AUGUCUACAACGUUAAUAAAAGAUCCUCCGCUUUCCACCUCUUCCAUGGCGGGGUCUUUGCCUUUGGAAGAGGUGGAAGUGCUGCCGCUCGGUAGCGGGGGCGAGGUGGGCCGCUCCUGUGUUAUUCUACGCUAUAAAGCCCGGUGUGUGAUGCUCGACUGCGGGAAUCACCCCGCGAAGAGCGGGCUGGACUCCCUUCCCUUUUUCGACAGUAUCGCCUGCGAGACGGUGGAUUUGGUGCUGAUUACGCAUUUCCACCUCGACCACUGCGGGGCGCUGCCGUAUUUUUGCAAUCAAACCACCUUCAAAGGGCGCAUUUUCAUGACGAGCGCGACCAAGGCGUUUUAUAAAAUGGUGAUGAACGACUUUUUGCGGGUCGGCGCCGGGGCCAACGACAUCGUCACGGGGGAAUGGCUGCAGAACACGAUUGACCGAAUCGAGACGGUGGAAUACCACGAGGAGGUGACUGUCGGGGGGAUUCGUUUUCAGCCUUUUAACGCCGGGCACGUCCUCGGGGCGGCGACUUUUAUGGUCGACAUCGCGGGAAUGCGAGCGCUCUACACCGGGGACUUCUCGCGUGUCCCGGAUCGCCACCUGCUCGGGGCCGAGGUCCCGCCGUAUUCGCCCGAUAUUCUUAUCUCCGAGAGCACGAACGGGAUUCGCGAGUUGGAAUCUCGGGAGGAGCGGGAGCAUGUUUUUACGAAAAGCGUUCACGAGGUCGUCAAACGUGGGGGACGUUGUUUGGUCCCUGUUUUCGCCCUCGGCCGCGCGCAGGAGCUGCUGUUAAUCCUGGAGGAAUAUUGGGAGGCGCAUAAAGAAUUACAGGACAUCCCGAUCUACUACGCUUCCUCGCUUGCGCAGCGGUGUAUGAAGCUCUACCUCACCUUUGUGAGCGCGAUGAACGACCGGGUGAAGGAGCAGCACGCGAGCAAUCGGAACCCUUUCGCGUUUAAGUUUAUUCGCCCGCUGGUGGAGACGAAGUCGUUUGAGGAUUGCGGGCCCUGCGUGGUGUUGGCCUCGCCUGGGAUGCUCCAGUCGGGGAUCUCCCUGGAGCUUUUUGAGCGGUGGUGUGGGGAUCGCCGGAAUGGGGUCAUCAUCGCGGGGUAUUGCGUGGACGGUACCAUCGCGAAGGAGGUCCUGGCGAAGCCGCGGGAGAUCACCAAGCCGAAUGGAAAGGUCCUGCCGCUCGCGAUGGGCACGAUCGAGGCCGUUUCCUUCUCCGCCCACUCCGACGGCCGCCAAACGCGGGAUUUUAUCCGCCUGCUGCCCAAAGUCCAGCACACCAUUCUCGUCCACGGCAGCAGCGGCGCAAUGCGGCAGCUGAAAAAUAAACUCACGCAGGAUUUCGCCGAUCGGAAUAUGAAGGUCUACACCACCGCCAACCAGGAGGCGAUUCGCAUCCCGUUCGUGAUGGAGCGCAGCGCGAAGGUCAUGGGGAAGCUCGCGAAUACCGCGGUGCGGCCUGGCGAUUUCGUCAGCGGGGUGAUGUUGGUUUCCGGCCAGCACUCGCGCAGCAUCGUCCACCCGGACGACAUCCCGGUCUUUACCGAUCUCAGCGUCAGCCGCAUUCAACAGGCGAUGGUGCUGCCUUUGCCACGGUAUCGCAGCCCGCUGGAGGUACUCGAGCGGCUUCAGCGCUAUUUUGCGGAGAGCUAUAUGUUCGAGGAGGUCGAGCCCCAGCUCCAGCCCGCCGCGGGGGAGAACGGGGGGGGGCCGAUGGCCAUCCAGGCCGCCGAUCGCACGCGAUCUCGCGAAGAGGAGAAGCCGCGGCGCCUCUCCAGCGCGUCAAAGGUAGUUAAAAUUUACGUCUCGCGGGAGGUGGUGGUUGAGGUGGAGCGCGAUGCACAGGCCCGGACGGUGCUCACCAUUUCCUGGAUUACCAGCCACUGCAAUGAUCUCCUGGCGGACGUCACCUGCACCGCCCUCACGAAACUCUCCGAGAAUGCGAACGACGAGGAGGAUGACAACGACGCAAACGGCGUGCUUUUGCCGGUGGAUGUUUGUGGGCAGGACAAGAUUUUUCGCGUGAAGUGCUUUCAUCACAUGAUCUCGCAGUUUUACCCCAACGUCACCACUAAUUUGGUGACCGGGGCAUGUCGUGUGGAGCUGGAGGAUGGGCAGGUGGUACAGAUUACAGAUUGUAUUGAAAUGGAGGUGCAGGCGGGGAAUAAAAAGCAGGUUGAUUACGACUCUAUCGAAGUGGCGAAGCUCAAAACGGUACUCAAGCGGAUUUAUCUCACCCUUUUCCCAAUCCCCGCGGACAGUGGGUGGUGUGAUUGCGGGAUGAUCCACGGAGCGGAACCGAUUAAUGAAUAG